CGUGGCAGAGCUGAUCCGCGGGCUGUGUGGAGCGCUCGGAGCCCCGGAAGGCGGGUCUGUCGGGGGCCCGACGCCGUCCUGGCACCCGGGGCGCUGGGCUGGGGAGAUGGCCGCGAGAUGGAGCAGCGAAAAUGUGGUGGUGGAGUUCCGCGAUUCUCAGGCGACGGCGAUGUCUGUGGACUGUCUUGGGCAGCAUGCAGUGCUUUCUGGCCGCCGAUUCUUGUACAUCGUUAAUCUAGAUGCCCCUUUUGAAGGUCACCGAAAGAUCUCUCGUCAGAGCAAGUGGGACAUUGGAGCUGUGCAGUGGAAUCCUCAUGACAGCUUUGCACACUACCUUGCAGCUUCGAGUAACCAACGGGUCGACCUUUAUAAGUGGAAAGACGGCAGUGGGGAAGUUGGCACAACCUUACAAGGCCAUACUCGUGUCAUAAGUGAUUUGGACUGGGCAGUGUUUGACCCGGAUCUCCUGGUUACCAGCUCUGUGGAUACCUAUAUUUACAUUUGGGAUAUCAAAGACACAAGGAAACCUACUGUUGCACUAUCUGCUGUAGCUGGUGCCUCGCAGGUCAAAUGGAAUAAAAAAAAUGCUAACUGCCUUGCCACCAGUCAUGAUGGGGACGUACGGAUAUGGGACAAGCGAGUGAGUGAUCUCUCUCCCUCACACCCCUGUUGGGCUUUGGCCCGUGUCAGAGAGCAUGAAGAGGAUGUUAAACCCAGUACAGCAGUGGAGUAUCUUGCAGCCCACCUCUCCAAAAUCCAUGGCCUGGACUGGCACCCAGACAGUGAGCACAUUCUUGCUACCUCCAGCCAGGACAACUCUGUCAAGUUCUGGGAUUACCGCCAGCCUCGGAAAUACCUCAAUAUUCUCCCUUGCCAGGUGCCUGUCUGGAAGGCCAGAUACACUCCUUUCAGCAAUGGGUUAGUGACUGUGAUGGUUCCCCAGCUGCGCAGAGAAAAUAGUCUUCUCCUUUGGAAUGUCUUUGACUUGAACACCCCAGUCCAUACCUUUGUGGGGCAUGACGAUGUGGUCCUGGAGUUUCAGUGGAGGAAACAGAAGGAAGGGUCAAAGGACUACCAACUGGUUACGUGGUCCCGCGAUCAGACCUUGAGAAUGUGGCGUGUGGAUUCCCAGAUGCAGAGGCUUUGUGCAAAUGACAUACUAGAUGGUGUUGAUGAGUUUAUAGAGAGCAUUUCUCUUCUGCCGGAACCAGAGAAGACGCUUCACACUCAAGAAACAGAUCACCAGCACAACUCAGGCCAUGGGGAGGAAGAAGCCUCAAAGGAAGAUCCCCCUAAUAAUCCCCUGGAAGAGAGGAAGUCAGAUCAAUUGGGGCUGCCUCAGACUCUGCAGCAGGAGUUCUCCCUGAUCAACGUGCAAAUUCGGAACGUCAACGUGGAGAUGGAUGCAGCAGAUAGGAGCUGCACAGUGUCUGUGCACUGUAGCAACCAUCGUGUCAAGAUGCUGGUGAAGUUCCCUGCGCAGUACCCAAACAACGCUGCCCCUUCAUUCCAGUUUAUUAACCCCACUACCAUCACAUCCACAAUGAAAGCAAAGCUGCUCAAGAUCCUGAAAGACACUUCCCUGCAAAAAGUGAAACGCAACCAGAGUUGUUUGGAGCCCUGCCUGCGCCAGCUCGUCUCCUGCCUUGAGUCUUUUGUGAACCAAGAAGACAGUGCUUCCAGCAACCCCUUUGCUCUCCCAAACUCUGUCACACCGCCCUUACCAACAUUUGCCCGUGUAACCACUGCCUAUGGGUCAUACCAGGAUGCCAAUAUCCCCUUUCCUAGGACUUCCGGGGCUAGGUUCUGUGGAGCAGGUUAUCUGGUGUAUUUCACAAGGCCUGUGACGAUGCACCGAGCAGUUUCUCCAACAGAACCCACUCCUAGAUCUCUCUCAGCCUUGUCUGCUUAUCAUACUGGCUUGAUUGCUCCAAUGAAGAUCCGCACUGAAGCCCCUGGGAAUCUUCGUUUAUACAGUGGAAGCCCCACCCGCAGCGAGAAAGAGCAGGUCUCAAUCAGCUCCUUCUACUACAAGGAAAGGAAAUCAAGGAGAUGGAAAAGUAAGCGAGAGGGAUUGGACUCUGGCAAUCGACCAAUCAAAGCUGCUGGAAAAGUUAUCAUCCAGGAUAUUGCUUGCCUACUUCCUGUUCACAAAUCAUUGGGAGAACUGUAUAUAUUGAAUGUGAAUGAUAUUCAGGAAACAUGUCAGAAGAAUGCUGCUUCAGCCAUGCUUGUUGGAAGAAAAGAUCUUGUCCAGGUUUGGUCACUGGCUACAGUAGCUACAGAUCUUUGCCUUGGUCCGAAGUCUGACCCAGAUUUGGAAACACCCUGGGCUCGACAUCCAUUUGGGCGACAGCUGCUGGAAUCUCUGUUGGCUCAUUACUGUCAGCUUCGGGAUGUUCAGACAUUGGCUAUGCUUUGCAGCGUGUUUGAAGCCCAGUCUAGGCCUCAGGGAAUACCAAACCCCUUUGGGCCUUUUCCUAACCGUUCUUCCAAUCUUGUGGUGUCCCAUAGUCGAUAUCCUAGCUUCACUUCCUCUGGUUCCUGCUCAAGUAUGUCAGACCCAGGGCUCAACACUGGUGGCUGGAACAUAGCGGGAAGAGAGGCAGAACAUUUAUCUUCACCCUGGGGAGAGUCUUCACCGGAAGAAAUACGUUUUGGGAGUUUGACCUACAGUGAUCCUCGUGAACGAGAGCGUGACCAGCAUGAUAAAAACAAAAGGCUUCUGGACCCUGCGAAUACGCAGCAAUUUGAUGACUUUAAGAAAUGCUAUGGAGAAAUCCUGUAUCGCUGGGGCCUGAGAGAGAAACGAGCUGAAGUGCUGAAGUUUGUUUCCUGUCCCCCUGAUCCUCACAAAGGAAUUGAAUUUGGCGUGUACUGCAGCCACUGCCGGAGCGAGGUCCGUGGCACACAGUGUGCCAUCUGCAAAGGCUUCACGUUUCAGUGUGCCAUCUGCCACGUGGCGGUGCGAGGAUCGUCCAAUUUCUGUCUGACCUGUGGACAUGGCGGACACACCAGCCACAUGAUGGAGUGGUUUCGGACCCAGGAGGUGUGUCCAACUGGGUGUGGGUGCCACUGCCUGCUUGAAAGCACUUUCUGAUCUUACAGACCGUGGAGUGGUCAGAAAUUUUAAAGGACUCCAUACGUGCCAGUGACAAGCUCUCUGCCAGGAGAGAGGCUUCAGGACCCACCUGUACCUAGACUGGAGUGUGCUCCCGCAAAGGCCAUGGCUUCAGUGUUUGCAGAGAUGAGGGCAGACGCGGAAUCCGGCUUCCCAGGUUGAUCCUAGCAAGUUGGAAGUUUCCCUGGAGAAAAGCACCUGUCUCCAGAGCCAAGGUUAACUCAAACCACAGAGCAAUGCCCUCUCUGAUGCUAACAGAAAGACUAUAGUCAGAUGCAGACGAUAGUCUUCAGGGCCAAAGGACAGCAGAUUUUAAUUUACUAGACAAGUGGGCCUAUGACAUCAGUGACUUUGGAAGCUGCUACAUUUAAUGAGCUGAUGGGCAGUGAGUGGCCUUUUAAAAAAUGAUGCUUAAGUUAUAAAUACAUGAUAUACUUAAGGAUUCUUAAGAUGUAUUUUUUUGUUUGUUUUUUCUCCUCCAGCUGCUGUCCCUUGGCUAAUAAAAUUCUACUAACUUUUUAAAAAAAGAGACAGAGAAAGUUAAACAUUUUUAGUGAAUCUUUUCUUCCUCUGCUUCUGAUUGAAGUUAGCUAUUCUAGAGAGUACCAAAGUCUGCUCAGAUUUUCAAAGGAUGUGCUGAUUUACUUUUGGCAUCUGACAAGAGAAAGUAGAGUUUGACGUUUUAGGUUCUUCCCAACCCUGAGAGUCUUAUAAUUAUUUCCUUUAACAAAAGGAAGAUGUGAUUGUGUCGCAGCACUGAUGUAAAAGUCUCCUGUUGCCUCUGUGCAGGUUGGCUGGGUUCUAGUAAGUACCUUUCUCUCUUCGUUUGAGCGCCUUCAGAAACAUUACCCUGUGUUUAUCUGUGUCCCAAGUGGUUGUGACUCAUGUGUUCACUAAUUCUUUAGAAUGAGUUUCAGCCCUUCACAUUUUGUAUGUGGCAUGGAAGAGAAAUCCUCUUUUUGAUAUUCUCAUUGACAUUUCUGUUUCUCUUUGUUAGAAUUUUAUAAUUCCAAACUGAUUAACUUAAGAAAUACAACUAUAAAUCCUGUGAGAGUGCUGUAUAUUGCUAGUGUUUUCAAACUACAGAUCAAGACCCAUUAAUGGAUCUUGAAAUCAAUUUAGUGGAUAAAAACCAGCAUUUAAGCAAAUGAAAUAGAGUAGAAGAGAAAUUAUCAGAGUGUACCAUACAUAGGAUAGCUUGUUGACAAAUGUGUACACACACCUUUGCACAUGUGUAUACUGAAUCACAAUGGAAAUCCAUUUCUUACUGAAAGUUGGGGCCAGAAACACGUUCAUAAUAGUGUUUUAAAGGAUGCUGGUGCCUCCUUCUUGUGUUUCUGGGCAUGAAGCACCACCACAUAAAGAUGAAGCUUUAGAUUCUGUAUGAUGAAACCAGAGGUGUACCCUUGGGCUCUGGCCUGAGUUAAGGUGCCAGCACUUGAAUGAGAGAAAUUGCUCAUGGCUGCCAGGUACAUUGGGAGGCUGAUAAAGAAGGGAAGUCAAGGAAAUCUGAAUUUGUUCAUACUGUGCUUUUCACUGAUUUCUGUUGAGGCUGCUGUAAUGGUGAUCACAGAAUAGGUUGACUAAUUUACUCAGAGAUAAAGGAUCUGUUGUAUUCCUCAAUGAAAUCACACCAUUUGCAGAGAACAGUCUUUUCCUGUUCCCAUUUCCUCAAGCCAAUGUAAAAAUCUGCCCUUAUCUGUCCCCAUCAAGAAUUAGAUGUUUUUAAUGUUUUAGUUUAUUAUUGUGGGAGUCUUGUCUCCUGAAACAGAAAAUGCUUUAGUUGUAUAAUAAUCUUAUUUCAGUAUGUGAAUUCCUUUUGAGUUUCCAGGUUACUGGGACAAAAGUCUAAUAUUUUUAAAAUAUUCACAUUUGGAAACAUGUUGAUCUGGUUCCUGGCCACGGUCAACAUUCUCUCUGCCUCAGUAUAGUAGAUUAUGGCAAGCUUCUAAGACCUUUUUUGUUUGCUUUUUUUUUCUUUUAAGAAACAAUGCAAGCUACCUUCCCAAGCACCUUUGAACUUAGCCGGUAAAACUGGGCUAGCAGCCUUAUUUGUGCACCAGAAACAAAAGGUUGCACAGGCGCCCUGUUGGAAAGAAUGGGGGCAGAGGUGGGGAGUGGACAGGUGAGCCUUCUGGGCAAUCACUAGCUUGAUUUUGUGCCCCUGUCCCAAUGCCCCCAAAGCACAAAUGGUAUAAUGCUUUCCUUGGUAAU